AUGUCACUUUCCCCUAUUAAUAUUUCUCUAUCGUCGCUUAAAUCUGGCAUACCGAGAGAAUCACUUAACUCUGCGUUUGGCCCUGAUUCUUUAGGGAUCAUCCUUAUCAGUGACCUUCCCUCAUCGUAUCGUUCACUACGUUCCAAGGUUCUCAAGUCUGCUUCAUUGCUUUCUAAGCUUGAUAGCCAAGUCCUCGAAUCUAUGGAAUCUUCUGAAGCGUUUUGGCUCGUGGGGUGGUCUCGUGGAAAAGAAAAACUCACUAUUCAAAAAGGGUCGGAAAUCAUCAAGAAACCCGAUUAUCUCAAAGGGUCAUAUUAUAUCAACUGUUCGUUCUUCAUUGACCCAACACUAGAAGGUCCCCCAACAGAGGAAAGAGAACGGUUUGCUAACCACAAAGCCUAUGUCACUUUGAACAAAUGGCCGGAUUUGUCAUCACUUCGUGCGAGAGUACUUGAUGAAUUCGAACAAAAUGCCAAAGCCCUUUGUAAUCUCAUAAUUCAGAUUGCUCUUAAUGUUGCUGCCGUUUGUGAUAAAUUCAUUGCUUCGGAGCUUACUGAUGCUAAAUUCUCUUUCCCUGGAGGUUAUUGUGAAUCAGUGGUCAAGAACUCGUACACCACCAAGGCAAGAUUGCUCCAUUACUAUCCAAAGUCUGUCACCGAGGUGAAAGAUGAAACGGGGAACAUCUGGUGCGGGGAACAUUUGGACCAUAGUGUGUUGACAGGGCUUACCUCGGCGAUGUAUAUUGAUGAAUCGAAAAUUGCCGAAAAGACCUUUGAUGAACUUCAACAACUUGAUGUUGAUGGGUUAGAAGAACUUGUAGCCUCGCCAGAUCCUGAAUCAGGGCUUUAUAUCAAGAGUAGACAGGGGGAAGUGGUGAAGGUUGAUAUUCCAAAAGACUGCUUGGCGUUCCAAACUGGGAGUGCAUUACAAGAGAUUUCUCAGGAAAGAUUUAAGGCGGUUCCUCAUUAUGUGAAAGGUUGUAACGUUGCAGGGGUGGCGAGAAACACUUUGGCGGUGUUUUGUCAACCAAAUUUGGGAGAGAAUGUUAACGAGAAGGAAACGUUUUCUGAAUAUGCCGAGAGAAUUUUAAGUGGAAAUCAUUAA